CCACCACCCUCCGCCAAAAAGGCUCCUCCUUUCCAGACUUAUCCCGGCCAACUUGCGCACGUGUGCGCGUGUUUCAGAGUCAGCUGUGCGAGCACACGUGUACGCGCGCGAGCAACAUCUGAAGGGAGAAGAGGCUCCAGUGGGUUUAUUCCUGCAAAGACUUUCUUUCCAACACUUCUUUCUCUCUCUCUCCGUUCUCCUCUCCCUCGACCUCCUUCUCCCUCGGCGCUCGAUGCGGGGAAUGCGGUGGAAACCGCAGAAGGAGGCAACGUUUCCCCAAGGCUUCAGCUUCAAGGUGCGACGGGUCCUUCGCUUCUCUCUCAGCCGCGCCAGGCAACUACAGGGAUCCCGUCCUCCUUCGGAAACUGACUAAAGAGAGCGUUGGAUGGGACUCCUGCCUUGGGUGGCUUCCUCGCCCAGGAACGCGGCUUCGCACCUAACUAGGUGGUCAGCACCAGGGACAGCUCCCGGCGCCCGUUCUUCCUGCGCCUCCAUCCUGCGUUCUGACUCCUGGCGCUUGCUAGCCAGACGCAGGCGAUUAAGGGGAGUGAAGGUCGGCCACGAUUAUGGAAGCAGACAACUGGAACCAGAGCGAGCCCAACAGCACCCAGCUUUUUUGCGGGGGACCCAAUGGGACUCUUGGGGGACGAGAAGGCAGUUUAUGUUCUGGGGUCAGCCCUUCCAUGAUCACAGCCAUAGUGAUCAUGGCCCUCUAUUCCGUCGUAUGUGUUGUGGGGCUCUUCGGGAACUUCUUGGUCAUGUAUGUCAUCAUCAGAUACACCAAAAUGAAGACAGCCACCAACAUUUAUAUUUUCAACCUUGCCUUGGCUGAUGCCUUAGCAACAAGUACGCUGCCCUUUCAAAGCGUGAAUUAUCUUCUGGGAACAUGGCCGUUCGGUACCACUAUUUGUAAGAUUGUAAUAUCGAUAGAUUACUAUAACAUGUUCACAAGUAUUUUCACCCUCUGCACCAUGAGUGUGGAUCGCUACAUAGCAGUUUGCCACCCGGUCAAGGCUUUGGAUUUCCGCACCCCUCGAAAUGCCAAGAUUGUCAAUGUCUGUAACUGGAUUAUUUCUUCAGCUAUUGGCAUUCCAGUGAUGGUGAUGGCAACCACCAAAGAGAGCAACGGAUCUGUUGAUUGCACGCUUAAAUUCUCACACCCAGCCUGGUAUUGGGAGAACCUACUGAAAAUCUGUGUUUUCAUCUUUGCCUUCAUCAUGCCCAUCUUAAUCAUAACGGUCUGCUAUGGAUUGAUGAUUUUACGCCUGAAGAGUGUCCGAAUGCUCUCUGGCUCCAAGGAAAAGGACAGAAAUCUUCGAAGGAUCACCAGGAUGGUCCUUGUGGUUGUGGCUGUUUUCAUUGUCUGCUGGACUCCGAUCCAUAUUUAUGUCAUCAUCAAAGCCUUGAUCCAUAUUCCAGAAACUACUUUCCAAACCAUCUCCUGGCACUUCUGCAUUGCAUUAGGAUACACAAAUAGUUGUCUCAAUCCCAUCCUUUACGCCUUCCUAGAUGAAAACUUCAAAAGGUGUUUCAGAGAAUUCUGUAUCCCAACAACGUCAACCAUUGAACAGCAAAACUCCACCCGCAUCCGUCAGCAUACCCGUGAGCGUGGCUCCAGUGCCCAUACAAUGGAUAGGACUAACCAGCAGGUAUGACUAGAAGUGGAGAUGUCAACCUUGGAAACAAGAAUUCCUCCUGGAGAUGACAUGAAUUCUGAAGUCACGGACUUGACUGAAUUGUAGCUUCUGGAAGUUUUAUAAAAUUCUUCCGAUUUAUUUUCCCUGGCUGAGGUGAUACACAAAGAUGGAAAGACUUAUCCAAAUGCACUAGGAAGGUUGUGCUGGUCCUACUAUGAUGAUGGGGAACUAGAGAAGUCCUCAAGUUGCUCCUUGCAUAGCCAGAGUCAGUCUGGGUAUCAUUGUGUUAUAUAUUCAAUACGCUGAAAACAGAAGAGAUGCUUUCAUUGUCUUGGCUUACUGAAUGCUUGCUACUUCAGCAUUCUAGAACUUUGUAUAUUUAGAAACUUCUUAUACCAAAUCAGAGCAUUGGGCCAUGUGACCUGUGUGAACUAGCACCUGCCUCAUAACCAGUUCUCCAAUAUUUAAUAGUCCUGCAAUUACAGGUAGUCCUCAACUUACAACAGUUCAUUCAGUGACUAUUCAAAGUCACCGAAAAAGUGACUUACGACCAUUUUUCACAAUUACAACUUUUGUAGCAUCCCCAUGAUCAUGUAAUCAAAAUUCAAAUGUUUGGCAACUGGUUCAUACUUAUGACCAUUGCUGUGUCCCAAAGUCAUGUGAUCUCCUUUUGCAACCUUUUGACAAACGAAGUCGAUGGGGAAAGUCAAAUUCACUUAACGACCUUGUUGCUACCUUAACAACUGCAGUCAUUCACUUAACAAGUAUGGCAAGAAAGGUCAUAAAAUGGGACAAAAUUUAUUUAACAACUGUCCCAGUUAGCAACAGAAAUUUUGGGCUCAAUUGGGAGGAGGGAGGAGGGAGUUUUAGAAUUUCUCCAAUGAAUCUGUUUCUAAAUUCAAAAUACAGUAACAGUCUGUCUCAGGUCUUCAUGGUGACUCUUUUCCUCUUCUCCUUGGAAUGAUUUCUCAUCUUUGUACUCAAUCAAAGGAAGCAGGAACUGAGACACAUCAAAUAUUCACUGAGUAGAAAUGAGGGAAUAUAACCAAGGUGGAAAUGUUUUGAUAAUUAGGUAGGUAAGAUAAUCACAGUGAUAGCUCAGCAAGCAAUUUGAGUGGGUAGAAAAACUGAAUUCGAAAUAAUGGAGGCAUCUCUACACUUCUUUUGAUGGCAGACUUGAGUAUCCAGUCUUUCUUUCUGAGAUUUACUCUGUGUUAUCAUUUGAACACCACAACAACAGUGGUUUUUCUCUAAAUUUAUUAUUUAUUUUAUUUUAUUAGUCAUAUUUCUCUGCCGCCCACUCUCCGAGGACUCUGGGCAGCUUACACCAAAGACAGUAUACUAAAUAGCAUAUUGGCCCCUAACAGUCUGGGUCCUCAGAUUGUAGAAAACCUAUAAUAGAAAGAAAAGAAAAGCUAUCAACAAUCUUCUCAGUUCUGUUUUGCAAAUGAUGUCUGAGGGGAAAAAAUUACCCUGGGCAUAAUAAAUAGCAAUAUCUCCAAAGAAAAAGAACUAAUACAGGUAACAAGCUUUAGAAAAAAAAUAUUCAGAAUAUUGUUCUAAUUGUCUCUCCUAUUCCAAAAAUGGAAAUUUCUAGGCUAAUAAGGAUCUGCUAAAUUCAGCAUAUUUAUUUCUCAAAUCUGAACUUAAUAAUUGACAGAUUUGAUAAUUAAAAUUAUGAUAUCAUAAAUUAUUCUUUAAGAUCAGUCAAUUCCUUGGAUUUACCUCCUGUUCUUUGGACCAGCCAACAUAAUGGAAGUUUCAAUUGUAUAUAAUUUGCUAAGCAGAUGGCAGUAGCUUUUAAACCAUGCCUACUGUUGUAGUCUCUAUAACCAUUCUUGUAUAUUUGUCUUUAAAUUAGUCAUUGUGUCAUCCCACAUUAUAUUUUCAUGCAGUUGAAGAAAUAAGCAUAGUAUGUCAAAUUAAAGGCAAAUAUCAAUACAUUAGAUUGUUAUCUUUGAUUGCUAUUGUGUAGUGUUCAACACACUCACACAUGCAAUACCUGGAUCUGCAUUUCAAAUCAUAAUGUCUUUUGAAUGCAGUAUGCCAAUUAUUGGUAAUAGUAUAGUUAUUACUACUAUGUCUAUCAUUAAUGUUUUUAAUAAUAUUUUCUGACAUUAAUCAUACACAACUUAGGGUUCCCCCAUAAGAAGAGAUGACCAGACAUAAAUGUGUAUACAUAAUAUAUAAAUUAACAUUGUUUUACUGAUUACUUUUAUAUCCUACACUCAAACCAGGAUUCAGGGCAGGAAAUAUAUCUUACUAUAUGAAAUGUUACUCUCACAGAUAAACUAAAAGGAGUUUAAAGUGACUUGCUAAAAUUCAAAGAUGGCUUUUCACCCUUUUGUUUUCUUGACAUUGUUUAUUUCUAUCACCUAACAUUCUUUAAAUCUACUGAAAGACUCAGGCUUAAGUUACUUAACAACACACAAAAACUGUCCCUUGUGAGUGUUUCUGCCAUUAAAUUUCUAACCAAGACUGUUAAGAAGGCGCUUUGUGGGUUUGACUGGUAAAUGGUGCUGAUCCUUUCUCUGCAUCUUCUUAACAGAGAGUGGGAAGAAUCAAUUAAAGCUGAUCUCUUUAUUAUACAAGAAAGAUCCCCACAGAAAACAAACAUCACAAUAUUUUGUGUUUUUACUUGAGAAAACCCUGUUAGGAAAAUGGAAAGCAAUGUGUGUAAAAAACUAUGUGCAUCUCUGAAGUAGUUGUUUGUUCAUUCAUGACAAAAUCGAGUUUGCAGAAGGGUAUCUCCAGCUCUGAGGGCUUUGAAACAGCGUACACUAGAUCUCUUGUAUUCUUUUAAUGACCUUGCAAUCCUUUGCUUUGGUGUGGGGGUCAGGGCGACUGAUUGGAGCUGAGCGUUUACAGACUGGACGCCCUUCCUGAUGCCUAUGUGGAGUUCACAGCACACAAUUACUCUUCAAAAGAAAGACAUAUCUGCCACUACCUAGGAUCGAACUCACAGCCUCCUGAUUGAUUGUGAGGUGAGAAUUCCACCUUUAGGCCAUCACACCACUCACUAGAACUCUCUACUCUAACCUGUAGGAAAGCCUCCAGCAAUAAACAUUAUCAGAAUGUGCAAAAAAUUGGAUUGGGUACAUGCCAGCUGUCCUUAAGAAAUGACAUCCAUCUAUUAUAGAAGGAUGCUAUUAUAUUCAUGCAUAUCUUCAGGAAUAGACUGAACGAAAGUAUGGCAAGGGCAGGGCCCAAUUCACUUCUGAAUUGAUAAGGUGGGCUUGUUCUUAGACUCUUCUUUAAAUAUUGCCAUUGUUGGAAGCUAGGGAGCGUGCCUUUUCUGUGGCAGCCCCUGCCCUUCCUCCUGAAUUUUGACAAGGCUCUAUCCUCCUAGCCUUCUCAAAAGCACUGGAGACCUGGCUUCCCCCCACCCCAAGAACUGUAAUAGGGUGAGCAUUUUCAAAGUUUAGGAGAGCUGAUGAUUUUUAAAUGACAUUACUGGAAUUACUCAGCAUACAAGGAUUUAAAUGACAUUACUGGAACUGCUCAGCAUACAAGGAUUGAGGCAAGCACAAUAGCUUUUCACCCAUGGCUCAAAGCAGAAAGAAAUAUAGGAAAUGUUUCAUACCAAUGUGUUUAUAGAAUCCAUUUGAAACCUGGUGUAUAUUAUCCCUUGUGUCUCUUAAUAUAUGUUUGUCAAAGAUUUCUCUCUAUUCACUAUGGCAGGUUUUGAAUGAAUAGGAUGUAAACUACGGGUAGUAAUAUGAUCUUUGAAUAAGUGAAGAACCGCCAGUACAGAAGACAAGGAUCUACCUGACAUCUUAUGAUGUCUCUGGUUGACAGUGUCAUUACUGCUGCUAAUAUUUAUUACAGAGAAUCUUGAAAUGUUUGGAGGUAUAGUAUAACCUUGAGGGCAGAACCCUUUAGGUAAACAUGAACCAAUUUUCAAAGACUUUUCUUGCAUCACCAGACAUACAUGGAACUCUUGAAGUUCAAAAUCUGUGCAGGAGAAUUUGUUAGGAGAGAAAUAAAAGUUUGAAACAUUGCUGGAGGGAUCUCAAAGACUCUUGAACAUGAGGGGAGCAGAUGAGUGAAGAAAAUGAGGGUAGUAAGAGUUACAGAGUUCUAAGAAUCAGAGCUUAUGUGAGGGAGAUAACAAAGAUCGGUGUUCUACUGCUAAUUCUUUGAAAGCUAAGAAGCAAGUGUUUUAAUAUAACUCUGGAGAAGUAUUUUAGUCUUGGAGCUGGCAAUCUUCUUUCUGGAACAAUCGGUUAGAGAUUACUAUUUUAAACCAAGUCCAAACUACAUGCAGUACAAGCUAAUUCCCCUUCCAUCUCACCCCAUAAAAUAAUGUGUGGCAUGGAAAACAAAUAUAUGAUAAAGACCUAUAAACAUAUGAAGUGCAUUUGUGUAUAGAAGUUUGAAACAAAUCCCUUUAGGUAUAAACAAUUGUAAAGAAUUUUUUGUUGAUGAAAGUAUUCUUAGCAUCUAAUCCUUUGUGGGGCUUGGGGGGAGGUAGUACAAGAUAACUGCAAUGAUAAAAUAGGUCAAUGCUAUCUCUGAGAUAUUGGGGGGGAAAGAUAUUCAUUCACUAAAAGUACAAUCCACAUCAACUGAAAUCACCCUUUCAUAAUAUUUGAAGCUUCUAUCUAGAUUGUCUGUAUCUCCUUCAACACCAAACAAAACUACUUUGUUACACGUGGGAAAAUAAUGUAAAUCAUCUUCCCCAGCCAGGUACAAUUCCAAUAUUACUAGAGGUAUCAGAUUAUGUAAAUAUUCUUUUUCAGACAGAUGACAUGUGAACAAUAGAUAGGAGUAGUAAUUCACAUUAAUCUUGCAUUUUGUAUCAAAAGAGGCUAGCGAUAGCCAGUUCUGUAAAUACUAUUGUCAAUAUCUGUACAGUGCUAACAUUUGGGCAAUGAAAUAUAUGACAGUACUUCAUUUUUAAAGAAAUAUAUUCAUCCAAUUUGAUUUUAUGCCAUGUAUUUAAAUAAUAAAUUUUCUGUUUCAAAAUCUGCAUAAAUUGAGUAAUAGAAUAAGAUUAUAUGUAUAUGUUAUGACUCUUAUAAAAUAAUGUCAUUAUGUGUGCAAAUGUCAUUAAUGUCAUUAAAUGUGUGAAAAAAUGUGAGUUUAAGUGUAUAUGUGAAGUAGUGAAGCAUUUCUACGUAUAUGUUAACAAAAUAUAUUGACGCAGCAUGAAAUUAAACAAUUUGUUUUAAAAAUAAAAUAUAGCUUUAUGUAUAUAAUAUAUAUAUAACACAUACAACGUGUUAUACACAGUUUUCUACAUCAUUGCAAAUGUUCUCAUUUGUCUCUGUGUGAUUGCCACUAGAGUAAUUAACUUACAAAAGUAUACUCAAGUCAAAAUAACAAUAGAUUUUGGAACAAGCAAGAGUAAUAAUCAUACAGAUCAUUUGUAGUUAAAUAAUAUGUUAUACUUGUUUAGUGUUUCUGCAAUUAAAUUGUCAAAAUGCACACAGGAAGCAAAAAAAGAGUAUCUUUGUUCUGAUUAUAAAGAAAAUCUUACCCAUUGCUCCUUUUAAAAAUGUCUAGCACUGCAUUUUCACUGCUGAUUUGCGAAAGAAAAAGUUUGUAGGAAGAAAAUUCUCUAUUCAUCUUGAGUGAAAAAUGUAAGUUCAAUAAAUGAGAUCAAAUUAUAAAAACUCA